GAAACAAGAUUUAAAAAAAUAAUAAUUUUGACAGAAUGGCAAAUUGGAACAACUAGAAACGGACAGGACGUUUUUCCACCGGUUAAAGUUGGACAGAGAAAAGUUGGAUCAUCAGCUAUUGUUCAUGGAAAGCUUGAGUUUAACAGGAAAGCAAUAAAUAAAUCAGUAGCGGAGUUUAGAAAUAUGACAAGUAUGACGCCAGAUGAAAUACGUAACAUUACCGAAACAGAUGAGAAGGAAAAGGCUUUCUUUAACAUGGAACCAGGUCGCUGUGUACAUCAGUCCCUUUAUGCUAUUGGAUAUUCUCACUUGAAAAGUAAAAUACAAGGAAAAACUGUUUGUGUUAAACGUGUAAAUGAUAUAUUUCUAAAUGCGACGCAAAAGAAAGUUGUGGCUUCAAAACCAAAGUCAUCCGAUAAAUGGAGCGCAAGUGCAGUUCCUUUGUCACAAAUUGCUAUUGAUGCCAGUCUGAUUAAUGGUGGUUUAAGUCUAGGAACUUUAACAAAGGAGGAUCUGUCUAGUGACUACGGAAGUGCUGCUACUGUCGACUACAAACCUUUCAUCAAGGACCCGGCAACUUCACUUGAUCAAACAACAAGACUUUUAAGAAACAGAAUAAAAAAGUUAUGUAAUAUGACAUUCUUUGUAUCGCCGUCCCCAUUGGCUGAAUACGAACAUAUAAAGAUAAAUAUAACGGUGCCCAGUGGAUGUGAGAAAGAUCCAGAUAACCAACCUGCAUUAAUGUUCUGGAAUAGUGACAAGGAGCAAUGGGUUCAUGUAGACGAAGGAUGCAGAGACCAUUUGACAGCUGUGGUUACAUCAAAUGUGUAUCUCACUGAGAUAUGCAAAUCAAGUACGGAGACAACAUCAUUAACAAAGAGAGAAUCUACAUCAAUGUACAAGUCUCCAAGGACUUUUGCUCUUUCACAAAUUUCUCGCAAAUUUCCAAAUAACCCACCAGUUAUAGUAACUGAUGUUCUGCACCUAAAAGAAGAUACUCCUAGUAAAUUGCACAUUAAAACUGUUGAUUUAGAAAAUGAUACUCUUGUGUUUGAAAUAACAAAGAGCCCAUCCAACGUGAUGUGUGAAAUUGAAAAUACAACUGGGUUGCUCAAUUGUACAUCUAAUGAAGAUUUUAAUGGCGAAGAUUCUAUUACAGUCAAGGUUACGGAGACCGGUCUUCCAGAUUUCGAAGAAGCUCUCGUUAAUGAAAAGAUAAUAACUCUGAAUGUAUCAGGAGUUCCAGACAGAACGGAUAGGUACUUUAUAGAUUUGAAUGGUACAAUUUAUUCAGAUAUUCGGCCCUCCUUGAAAAUGACGUUCAUCCUCGAUGCAAAUCGAUCAUCUUCUUUUGACGCUGGAAAAAUUUUGUUGGCAGAUGUUGAUGAAAAUGAAGAGUUUAAAGUAAAAGUGGACUUUAAUCCCCUUGGAAAUUCAACAUAUGGACUUGUUAAUUCAGAUGGUUCUUCAAUCGAACUAGAAAAUAUAACAUCAAAGUUUUACAAAAGCUUACAGGCAUACGGCGUAAGUUUUGAAUUUUCUCCAGAAGUCAGUGGCAACAUGAGUCUUAAAUUCAUCGCAAAACUAGCUGAUAGCAGUUUUACUCCAUCUGUUACAGUUCAGUUAUUUAUUCUGAAUAAUCCGUGUGUUUAUGGUCAUUGCAGUCCGCUUACAAGUGUUGGAUGUGAUGACGUACUACGAUCCAUAUCAUUUUCAGAUUUCCAGUGUGUAUGUCACCCUGGAUAUGAGGGUCAAUGGUGUCAGGCCGAAACGAAUGAGUGUCAGUGGGAACCUUGUGCUCUUAUGUUUGACUGUGAAGAUUUGAUUAACGAAUAUAAAUGUAACAUUAACAUACCAAAAUUAAUGGCCAUAUUGAUAUGUUCAAUACUUGCUAUUGGAGGGGCAUCGUUCCUGCUUUGGAAGUUAGUAAAUAGGUUCAAAACUUACAAAGUCAACAAAGUAACUCCUAGCACGGUUGAUCUAAAGAGCUCAGAGAUAAAUGAGACAUUUGAGAUGGACGAAGAGCGGCCUACAACAAGUGCUUCAAUAUUUCUAGAAUCUGCUCGACCAGGAACUCCUGCGGCUUCAACAUUACUCGACGAUUCCAGCAACGUUCCUGCAAUAACAUCAUUUACAACAGCACCAGGUGUAAUGCUUCCUCCUCACCAUGCAUUUAAGCACAAAGGGUUAAAAUCUUCUAAACCCUCAUUUAAACCUGGUCAGUUGCUGCUGUCGUAUCCAAAGGAACCCAUUGAGGCGAAGAACACGUCAUUGAAAGCAAACGUUGAACAUACAAGUCAGUCGCCGUUUAAGACCAAUGAAGACCCAUUUGAGUUUGAUGAUUCCUCACAACGGACAACUGAAUCACGGAAUACGGAAGUGGGCGGAUUAUCUGCUAUUGACAUCACAAAGAUAGAAAUAUGACGUUUAAGGACACUUUAAACUAAUGACUAGCAUAACAUUUUAUGUUUCCUCUUUGUAGCGCAUCUCAAUGUUUAGCAUUAUGUUUCUAUGUGUUAUUGUUUAGUUUUGUUUAUCUUUGUUAGAAGAACACUACACCCUUUUUCAAAUGAUAUAUGAUUGAUUGAGUUUGUUUAUUCUUUGUUAUGAUACUAUUUUGUUUA